GCCAACAAUCCAUUUUAACCACCCACAAAUUAAUUCUAAUUAUGAAAUGAACUGAAACCUAAAACUGUGACGAGCAAGACCUUCACGUUUGGGAUUCGGAGAAGGGAAGAAAAUGUCUGAUCUUUACAUAGACUACAAGGGAACUCUUUUCCCGCGAAUGUCAUCCUGUCUGGAAGACCUGGAGUUUGUGGAAAAUGAAUUUCAAGUCCGGGAUGAUGACGUCUUCAAUCUCACAUAUCCUAAGUCAGGAACUACGUGGAUGAUAGAAAUUUUAAGCCUCAUCCAAAAGAAUGGAGACCCGACAUGGAACAAGACUGUACCAAACUGGGACAGAGUACCUUGGAUUGAAAACUUGGGUAUUGCUCAAAGACUGAAACUAAGUGAGGGACAUCCACGUCUAAUUACCAGCCACUUGCCUAAACAUAUUUUUAUGAAAACCUUUCAAGAUUCCAAGGCCAAGGUCAUAUAUACAAUCAGAAAUCCCAAAGAUACUGCAGUGUCCCUUUAUUAUUUUUCCAAAAUGAGUGGAUUCUACAAAGAUCCGGAAAGUAUGGAUCAUUUUCUGAAAAGUUUCUUCUUCGAAAACAUUCCCUUUGGAUCUUGGUUUAAUCAUGUCAAGGGAUGGAUGGAAAUGCUGGGAAAAGAAAACUUUAUGUUUCAAACCUAUGAGGAUCUUCAUAGGGAUAUACGAGGAAGCGUAAUCAACAUUUGCAAAUUUCUUGGAAAGGAGUUAGAUGACAAAGCAAUAGAUUCUGUGGUUGAAAAUGCUUCUUUCAAGAGCAUGAAAGAGAACAAGAUGACCAAUUUCACUAUGCUCCCACCCGGAUACAUGGACCAGGAGAAGAGCCCCUUUAUGAGAAAAGGAAUAGUUGGAGACUGGAAAAAUAAUUUUACUGUCGCUCAAAAUGAAUAUUUUGACAAGAUCUACAAUGAAGAAAUGCAGAAUUUCAGCGUGAAGUUUCCUUGGGAUACGAGCAUUCAGAGAUAACAGGCCAGCAGGCGUUCUACCAGUCACAAGUUCUAGUUUUGAAUUGACAGAUUAAUCUAGUAAAAGAAAUUGCUCCUUUUCUUAAUGUAUGGAAAAAAUAAAUUCAAUAUUGAAAAUAAAUGCAUACAGUAACAGUG